UCAACAGUGCCACACUCACUAUUGGUGAAGUCAAAGAUGGAAGGUGGAGGCGUCUUUCAGGUGGACCCCUUCUCCUUAAAGUCUCUAAUUUGGGGCCCCAUCUUGGCUCUCUCCAUCCUGUGACUCAGGACUGAGAGGCAACAGAGGGGUCCUUGGAAACAGUAUUAGAGUUGCCUGUGAACUACAUCACUAGGGACGUGAGGUGACAAUGACCUCUUACCCUCAGAGGGCCACAGGACUUGUCCAGUUGGGAACAGCUAAGCAGGUUUGACCAGCUGACCUGGACUUGAUUAACAGCCCCGCUUAACAGCCCUGUCCCCCAUCAUGUCCACCCCAUGGCUGACUAGGAAGGUGCUUCCCUUCAAGUUGAGCAAAUGGAUGGGACUUGCUUGCUUCCGGUCACUGAUGGGCUCCUCACCCAAUAUCCGCCAGAAGAAAUUAAUCCAUAAGCUUCAGGAAGAAAAGGCUUUUCGGGAAGAGAUGAAAAUUUUCCGUGAGAAAAUAGAAGACUUCAGAGAAGAGAUGUGGAAUUUCCGAGGCAAGAUCCGUGCUUUCCAGGGCCAGAUUUUGGGCUUUUGGGAAGAAGAGAGACCUUUCUGGGAAGAGGAGAAAACUUUCUGGAAAGAGGAAAAAACCUUCUGGGAAAUGGAAAAAUCAUUCCGGGAAGAAGAGAAAACGUUUUGGAAAAAGUACCGCAUCUUCUGGAAGGAGGAUAAGGCCUUCUGGAAAGAGGACAAUGCUUUAUGGGAAAGAGACCGGAACCUCCUUCAGGAGGAUAAGGCCCUGUGGGAGGAAGAAAAGGCCUUAUGGGUAGAGGAAAGAGCCCUUCUUGAGGAGGAGAAGGCCCUAUGGGAAGAUAAAAAGUCCCUGUGGGAGGAAGAGAAUGCCCUCUGGGAAGAGGAGAAAGCAUUCUGGGUAGAAGGUGGUGGCCAUAUUGCUGAAGAGCAGAUACCCAGAGAAGGUCACUACAAUGUCAAUGGAGGCCUACGAUUGCCAGCCUUCUCCCGAAGCCGGGCAUGAGCACAGGAGAUAAAGAGUCAUGGGGUCCAGAUGUUGCAGGACUGCAUUCAAGUCCAAUGUAACCCCAUGUGCUGGAGAAAAUAUGCACUUAUUUGUCUCCUUGCCUCAAAAACUUGAAUAAAGUCCCACGGAGAGGUUUGAAAACCAAUUUCUUCAAGGAAGACCAAUUAUAUUUUUCCAAGUUUUGUGAUUCGCCGAGGUCAUAUUACCAUCCUCUAGGCUUGGUACCAAAUCUAGAGUACCAAGCUUGGUUCCAAGCAGUUCACCAUGGGUGGGUGUUGUGAAUAGAGACCUAGUGGCUCUCCUUUAAAAGGGGAGCAGGGUGGGCUCAGACAAUGCCAACCAGGGCUGAGAGGAGCUGAGACAUUUCUGCCUCUCUCAUGCUAAAUGGUAAUCAUUUCUCUUCCACUCUGGACAGUGUUGGAGGCCCAGAUUGGACUGUUGGCCUUCCAGAAAAUGCCAUCAUGCUGUUAACAAUUCAUUUAUACCUUAUCCUCGCCUCUCAGAAAAUAUACAGGCAGAACUCCCUAAUGGCCUACUUGCUUGUAGUCUCAGUCUCCCACCAACUGCCCAUUUCUUGUAGCUUAUAAAAGUAGCAUGGCAUUAGACUGAGACUCUGGACG